GAGGGGAGUAAAGCUGCUCUCCUGCCUCGCGCACACACACGCGCGUGCGCGCGCAGUGACAGUGAGGAGAAGAUGCUCGUGUCUCCUCCGUCGUCUGCUCCCGUCCUCCCGGUGUUUCCUCCAGCUGCCAGCCCACAGAACUGCGCCCCUCCUCGGAGGAGCUGAGGGGGACAGACCACAGGGCCCAGCCGAUCCGAACCGUGCGCUUAGAGCUCCGGGUCGGGAUGGGYGCGCGGACCGAGGGAGGGUUCCUCCUCAGCGCGGGGCUCGUGCUCCUGGUUUACUGCGUGGCGGCCGCCAGCUCCAAAGGUGCCGCUGCAGCUCAGUCUGAUGUCCUGCCCUCGGUGCAGAGCACCCUGCCACACUUCAUCCAGGAACCGGAGGACGCUUACAUCGUCAAAAGCCACCCCAUCAAGCUGCGCUGUCGUGCCACGCCCGCCUUACAAAUCUUCUUCAAAUGCAACGGGGAAUGGGUACACCAGAACGAACACUGGUCCCAGGAGUACAAGGAGCUGAACACAGGGUUGAUGGUGCGAGAGGUGAUGAUCAACGUGUCCCGGCAGCAGGUGGAGGACUUCCAUGGACCUGAGGACUUCUGGUGUCUGUGUGUGGCCUGGAGCCACCUUGGCACCUCCAAGAGUCGGAAAGCAAUCGUCCGCAUCGCCUACCUGAGGAAAAACUUUGAGCAGGAUCCCCAAGGAAAGGAGGUGCCAAUAAACGGGAUGAUCGUUCUGCACUGUCGCCCCCCGGAGGGAGUGCCGCCGGCGGAGGUGGAGUGGCUGAAAAACGAGGAGCUGGUUGGCUCCCUGCCCGAUGACAACAUUAACACCCGAGCCGACCACAACCUCAUCAUCAGCGAGGCGCGUCUGUCCGACUCGGGCAACUACACAUGUCUGGCCAGCAACAUCGUAGCAAAGAGACGCAGCUCCACAGCCACUGUGAUCAUCUACGUCAACGGCGGCUGGUCUCUGUGGACGAAGUGGUCACCCUGUAAUGUGCCAUGUGGGCGGGGGGUCCAGAAGCGGUCUCGAACCUGCACUAAUCCUGCCCCGCUGAACGGUGGGACCUUCUGUGAAGGCAUGUCGGUGCAGAAGAUCAGCUGCACGGCGCUGUGCCCCGUGGAUGGAGGCUGGAAUGAGUGGAGUGAGUGGACCGUGUGCAGCAGCCAGUGUGAGAGGCAGCGAAUUCGGGGGUGCAGCUCCCCAGCACCCAGGCACCAAGGCAGAACGUGCGAAGGAAACAGCGAGGCCACUGAGAACUGCACAGAUGGACUGUGUACCCAGA